CGGCGAUGCCACCACCACCACCACCAGAUCCAACGCAAGGGCAGGGAGGAGUGCUGGCGCAAGGAGGAGUGCCACCACAGGCAGCCGUACAAGCCCCCGGCCAACAAAUGGUGGUGAUGACCCGAGAAGAGAUGCAGAGGAUAGCGGCGGCCGCGGCGGCGCAGGCGGUACAACAAGUUGCAAGUCAUACAUCUCAUGCCACCACUGCGCCGGCCACGGUGGCCAGAAGCCAGGAUGAGGAUGUGUCUAGUUAUGGAGAAGGAGGAGCUGGAAGAGAUCAGGCAAUGGAGAGAAUGGCGGAGCAGUUGCGCCAGCUGCAAGACAAGGUAGAGGGGAGGCCAGAGAGGAGGGCUCGAGGACAUCCCUUUUCAAGGGAUAUUCCCGCUGCUCCUUUGCCAAAUAAUUUCAAGGAGACCAACUUGGUGUAUGACGGGUCAUCUGACCCAUCAAGGCAUUAUGUUGCUCGAUAUAAUCAAACAUGUUUAGAGGUGCACUCGGCUUCGGACGAGGUAAAGGAGGGUGGAUUGAUAAGGAGUUUUCGAGCAGGGCCUUGUCGAACUUCCCUGGCAAAGACCCCUGCUCGAUCAUAUGAGGAUGUUCUGAAGCGGUGCAGGAAGUAUAUUAACUUGGAGGAGAUGGAAAUGGAGUUUGCAAAGCUGGAGGGAGUGGCUCGACCAGAGCCAAAAAAGGAGAAAAGUCCACAGAGGGGGAGAUCGCCUAGGAGGAGUUCGCCCAAACGGAGUGGGCAGAAGAGGGCAUCACCCCGAAGAGAGAGUCGAGAUUCGAAAAGGGAAAAGAGGGGCGAGUGGCAGAGGAGGCCGAUGUUGUUCGAGAGGCAGAGAUAUCAUACAUUCACACCCUUGAGGAAAGAUAUGACAGAGGUCCUCGAGGCCAUGGAGCAGAAGAUGCCGAGCGAGGAU